UUGAAGCUUGUGACUUGCGAAACGAAGAGGGGAGCUGUUUGGACAAAACAAGCCUCAUUAUUUGAGGAUCUUGCGCUUAAAUAAAACUGAAACCUCGACAGGCAGGACUUCAUCGACCAAAGCCGGCUGGAUACUUCCGCUGCAGCCGACAUAUAACUCGUGAAAUGCUGCACUCGGUAGGAUGAUCAACAAUCAAGAAGAAGAUGAGUUUGUUGCAGUGCGGGUCCAAGAUCCCCGCGUGCAGAAUGAAGGCUCCUGGAAUUCAUUUGUGGAUUACAAAAUAUUCCUACAUACCAACAGCAAGGCCUUCACAGCCAAGACGUCGUGCGUGCGUCGGCGCUACAGUGAGUUUUCCUGGCUCAAGAAGAAGCUUCAGAAGAACACGGGCUUGGUGCCAGUCCCAGACCUUCCAGCUAAGUCCUUCUUCUCCUUCAUUAAUGAGGACUUCCUGGAGAGGAGGAGGAAAGGUCUUCAGGCCUUCUUAGACAGUGUGGUGAACAUGACAGUGUGUCUGUCAGACAGCCAGCUCCACCUCUUCCUGCAGACUCAGCUGCCAGUGGGUCACAUCCAGGACUGCGUGCAGGGCCACACUCCCUACUCUGUGACGGACGCCAUCCUCACCUACGUCUCGUCCAAUCGGGGCUACGCUCAGGCACAGGAGGAUGAUCCCAUCAAGGAGUCAAGUUUGACCGUUUCAUAUGAGUCCAUGGAGAGCCCAGUUCCUCAUCAACCUUGCCUACAACUUAAAGAGACCUGCAGUCCAGAGCUUUUGUCCUGUGUUGACUCUGAACCUCGAGAUUGUGAACUGGAGCGCGAUGAUAAGGACACAGUUGAGUUCCUGCACAAGGAAAACUCCUCAGUAAUGGUCCUCCAGGGGGACAACCAUCUUGAGGCCAUUGUUGAGGACUGUGUCCCAUCAGAGGCAACCUUUUAUCUGGGUGAAAGCCAGAAUGUUCCUGAGAGUCUCAGCCUUGAAGAACAGACUCGGCAGAAAAGCCGUCGGAUACAGACACCUGUAGAGGUGCACUCGCCCAUGAAUACUGACUUCCAGGAGAAAUGUGUGGUGGAUAGCUUGUUUGAGGAGUGUUCCGUAAGAGAGGAGAGCGAUAAGACAGUGGAUACAAAAGAUAUGAAUGUUCCUCAUCCAGACACAGAGGAGAAGGUUGUUCCUCAUCCGGACACAGAGGAGAAGGUUGUUCCUCAUCCGGACACAGAGGAGAAGGUUGUUCCUCAUCCGGACACAGAGGAGAAAGUUGUUCCUCAUCCGGACACAGAGGAGAAGGUUGUUCCUCAUCCGGACACAGAGGAGAAGGUUGUUCCUCAUCCGGACACAGAGGAGAAGGUUGUUCCUCAUCCGGACACAGAGGAGAAGGUUGUUCCUCAUCCGGACACAGAGGAGAAGGUUGUUCCUCAUCCGGACACAGAGGAGAAGGUUGUUCCUCAUCCGGACACAGAGGAGAAGGUUGUUCCUCAUCCGGACACCGAGGAGAAGGUUGUUCCUCAUCCGGACACCGAGGAGAAGGUUGUUCCUCAUCCGGACACCGAGGAGAAGGUUGUUCCUCAUCCGGACACCGAGGAGAAGGUUGUUCCUCAUCCGGACACCGAGGAGAAGGUUGUUCCUCAUCCGGACACAGAGGAGAAGGUUGUUCCUCAUCCGGACACAGAGGAGAAGGUUGUUCCUCAUCCGGACACAGAGGAGAGGGUUGUUCCUCAUCCGGACACCGAGGAGAAGGUUGAACACUGUGAAAGUUCUGUGGAGGCAAAUACGGAAAAGGUCCACUUCGAUUUUAAGGACAGUGACUUAAAGAACCCUCUUUUAGUAAGUGCCACCAUAUCCCAAGAGGAGGUUCUUGAAGUCUGCUUUGAGAAAAGUGUUUUAGAGAAUCAUGUUGUCUCUGAAGUUAAUGGACUGGAACACGUUGAUUCUACUGAGACUCCUGUUGAAGAUGCCAGCUGUCUGGAGGAGUUUAAGAGCGCAGACAAGGAAAUGAGCGAUGAACCUGAGAGGAAAGAUGAGAUGGCAUAUAUGUCAGAAAUCCAUGAAGAGACUGACAAUGUGCACCCAGAGGUGGAAGGCAGCGACGAUGACCUUUUUCAACAUAUGGACCAAGUUGAACAGGAAGACCAUCUGGUUGAACAGGAAGUGGAUCUGGUAAGGACCAAAGAUGACAGCGACGAGGACAGCCAGUCAUCUUCCAAUGAAAGCAUUGUCAAGGUCAGCGAUGAAGAGAGCGUCUGUGACGAGGCAGAGGAGCUGAUCCACUCUGCAGAGGGACACAUGGAGACUCCUCACGAGGAGGUCGCUCACUGGGCAGAAGAAGUGCAGACCCCAAGGGCAAACAUUUUGGACCUACACGUCAAUGGAUGCAUUGUGGAAAAAGAUGACAUUCUUGCCCAUGAGGAGGACGACUUGCAAUACAUUACCGAAAUCAGUGACUUGCAUACAUCUCUGGAUUUGAUCUCAAGUGUAACAGGUGGAGAUUUGACAGAAAAUAGUGACUUCAGUAUCUUAGAGAGAAGCUGCACACCUGAGUUAGCUGAUAGUGGAAGUGCGCAGAAGGAAAACGUGUCCUUGCAGUCUUUGGAUGCCUCAAAGGAGGCUCAUGAGGUAGAGGUGCUUUAGUCAAACGGCUGAAUGGUCUCACAUACCUGGGCUUCACCCUUACAGAGGCAGAAAACUAAAUAUUGUGAAAGCUGUCUUCUGCCAUAGACACAUUUGAUCUCAAACACACAAAAACAAGGCACAUUAAAAUUCUGCUCUUUAUAAACCAUCUUCAUAUGAUGCCGUAUUUGGGCCAUUGUAUGUUAAAAUAUUAAAUAAUUAAGAGCCGGAGCAGGUGGGUAGUAAUCAGUGAAAAACAAUCAGAAUUUCUCAAAAGUGUACCAAAAAUAAACUUUAACAUUCUGAUAUUAAAAUAAAUCGUAAAUGUAUAAGAAAAAUGCUUUUUUUAGUCAAGGAACUAGAUUGCUCAAAUUUGCAAAGUUGAAUCAACCCCACAGCUGCCAGUCAAACCAUAGACGGGCGGUGCAACAUUAUGGAACAUGGUGACAUCCUUCAUCUGUCCAUUGUGUUGGGGGUCCGGCACAAAAGGCUUUAACCUCACCGAAUCUGUACGUUGAUUUUUUUCUGAAUAUGCCCAAUUCUUGGCAAUAUCUCUUGAAAGUCUGAAUGCUUAUUAUAAUAAUAUGGUGAUUCCAGGCUAAAAUAACAAGUAUUUCCGUAUUGCUAUUUUUGGUCAUCUACUGCAGGCGUCAUACACGUGAGUUUAAUCCAACCUUGCAAAGUGAAUCGAUUUGACCAAAAAAGAGCAUUUUUCUCAUAAAAGUUUGACUUUAUUCUGUGUGUAUUUAUAAUUGUAUUGUAAUCUACAAUGGCCCUUGUGCGCUGUAGUAUCUUCACAACGUAAAUGGUCUGAUCUGUCACAAAUGGUAAGUCUAACUAACUAAUGAUUUUUUUUCUUGUUAAAUAAUGUAUAUUUAAUUUUAAAGUGCACCUUAAUGUACACUCGGGUAAACAAAAAUAUUGGCGCUGUUUUUCUCUGGUUUGGUGUUCAUUAGCUUUUUGGGAACACCAGAGGGGGCUCAAGUUCACCAAAAGCAUAUGAGGGGAAUUUUCUUUUUUAAAUCCAUAAAUGAAGUGCUAAGGCAAUGGUGUAAACAUCAAAUGUGAAUUAAAAAAUGUUUAUUUAAGCUUAAUUAGCUUUCUCUAAAAUGACGUCAUUCUCUGGAUGAAAUUUUGGUAGAAAUGUACACUUGUAUCAAAGGAUAGAUACACCUUUUAUUCAAGUCUCUAUAAUACCACUUUUGGGGCCGUAAUUGAUUCUGCUGUCCAUGCUGACGGUCAAGAGAUACCAUCAUUUAAAAAGGAAAUCUAAAUUGACAGUAAAAAACGCUUCCUGUAGUGAAGUCUAUUUACUAUAUUUCUGUCUGUAUUUCCUUAAGUAGCUGGGGAGACAGGAAGAAAAAGAGGAAAUUCAAAACAAAAACAACGUUAUCAACCUAACCUGUAAGUCAGGCUGCUGAAGCAUCAAUAUAACAAUUGUUAAAAUGUUAUACCUUCACGGCCAGUUUGGACAGGAGAAAAAACGCUUAAAAUCUGAUUAAAUCUACCGUUACAGUCACUGGAGAAUCAUACACAGUUCUCAUUUGCAACCUCAUUUAAUGUGAAACAUUUAAAAAACACUUUAUACUUUAAGUCAACAACUGUCUCCUGUUGAAUCCUGAUAAAGAUACGUUUUAAAAUCCAGGCCUGCUGCUCGACAACAAUACUGUUAGAAUCAGCAUGUCCUGUUUAUAAUCCCAUAUGUCACUAGCUGGCUUUGUGAACCAAUGAAAGACGCACUGUGUUGGAGUCAACAUUAAACCAGUUCAGUAACAUGUUAGAACUAGUAAUAGUUUACCCUUAUGAAGCACACUGCUCUUACAAAUGAUGUUUUAUAGAUAUUUAUUAGGAGAGCUCAAAUGAAAACAUUUGAACCCAUCAAUGCACACAUGAAUAUUAGGUUUUGUUAUUGAACUUUUUAUAAAUAAAUGAUAAUAAUUUGAACCCCUGUGCAAUAGUCACUGACAACUUGACAGUUUUAGAUUUCCAGAAUGUUUAUUCAAUGUUUGUGUCAUUUCUGUACGACUUCUGCUCUUUCACUGAAUUUGUUUAAUGUUCAAAACUCACAACAGAUACACUCACUAAGCUUUUGUAUUGUUAGUCUGGCAGGGUGUGUUUCAAGUGUAUUUAUGGGCUACACUGCUCUUUGGGUUAUAGUUUGUUUAAUCACAGCAUACAUUCUAAGAGUAUGGAUGUACGUUUUCCACGUUGUUGUCGAGCAAUUCUGCUGCUGGUGAUUUUAUUCCGUUGCAUUUGUUUAAAAGGGACCCAGAGUUUUGUGUGGUUGCACAGAGAAUUAAGCCUUGUCACACAUCCUUUGUUGUCUAGGUGGAUAAUAGAUGACUGGUUUUCAUUGUUUGUUCUACACUGUCAAUGAGUGCAGGUUUUUUUUUUUUCAAAAGCUGCUUUUAAGAAUUUGUAUUUUUAAAAGAAUGUUUGCCCUAUGCAGGAGACCUAUUUUAUAACAUGGAUCUACAAGGGCCACUAUGAAACCCUGAGUGACUGUGUCCAUGUAUAUCAUUUUAUUUCAAAUAAAUAGUUUUUCUUCUUAA